AUGUCAGACUAUCCUUUACCUGUUGACGCUUAUGGGAAUUUUGAUGCUACUUUUACGAAUUCUGAUAUCCCUGGUCCUGCCGCUCUCCCGGUGUCGAACCCAACAAAAGCAUUUUGGACUCACCCAGGACUGAGCACCGACUGGCCAAUAAGCAUUAGUGUCGCUGUAGAGCUGGGAAAGCUCGUCAGACAAGAGAAUGUAGGAGAUAUUAAAGUCGUGAUUCUAGAAGCUCGGGAUUUUUGUAGGUCAUUCACUAUUCGCUCUGUAUUUAACUCAAUCGCUAACUGCAGGCUCUGGCGCAACUGGUACGAGGGAUCAUCGAUGUUAAAGAGUAUUAACCUUAUUGAGAAACUAUUUCAGGACGCAAUGGAGAAACAUACAGUCUCUUCUCUUCUCAACUUAAUAGAAGAAGGAGGAUGGGCUAAGGAUGUAGAUCUUAUUGAGGGAGGACACAAUGAACUAUUGGCUUCUUCAGAUGGAGUAGACGAGGGCCGGGCAGAUUGGAGGAAAGCUGUAGAUGCUGGAAUCAUUAAAGAGAAUGAUGUGACCUGGUUCACCCCAGAGGAGGCGAAGGAUGUGAGACCUGGUCAUAACUUGUGGCCUGUAAGACUCGUGACGAAAAUGUUCGAGCUCGCAAGGGAUGGAAAGAAUGCCACGGAAUCGACGCCCGGAGUCCAAUCAUCCCAGCAAUCAAACAACUCUUCUUAUUCCUCCACUAUCGCUCGUAUACUCAGUAAUAUUCUUCCAUCGUCCUCGAAAUCAGGAGCUGAGAAUCAAGGCACAACGCGGGUCGGAGGAAAGAGUAAUAACCAGGACCCGUAUCGUCUAAUUUUGCAUACUCAUACUCCAGCUCAUUCUGUCAAGUCAAAUGUCCAGAAAUCAGGACGCAAAUGGGCAGUGGAAACGAGUCGAGGGAUAGUUCAUACCGACACCGUAGUAUACGCAACGAAUGCAUAUGCCUCCCAUCUACUUCCCCAAUUAGCUGGUCCCAAAGGAAUCAUCCCAGUCCGCGGUCAAGUUGUAGCCGUUCGCGCUCUUGUAGGCUAUAUCGACGAGGGGUGGAAAGAGAAGGGUGGAGUGGUAGGGCUAACCAGGAGCGGAUGGGGCGGAAACCAAGGAUUCGAAUAUUGGUUUCCUAGGCCUAACCCCAGCCACCCUUCCGCAACGCCCACACAAAACGAGGAAGAACUACCAACUGACAAUACUGGUCCAAAUAAGGGAAUCCAAAGACCAUUGGUCAUCUUGGGAGGUGCUAGGGAGACUUUGAAAGAUAAAGGAUAUGGAAUGUACGAGACCGAUGAUUCCAAGCUGGAUGCCGAAGCCAGCGCCGGCCUCAGAAGAUUCCUACACAGUGUCUUUCCGGGUCAAUACUCGACUAAUGACCUUGAAUCUGUCUCGAAGAAUAUCGAGGUUGAAUGGGUAAUGUUACUCAAAUCCGAUUUGGUCGGAAGAGUAAAGGAUGCAAACGGAACCAUAGUCCCAGGUCAAUAUAUUUCUGCUGGCUAUACCGGCCACGCUUUGGCUAGCUUGAUCUGGCGAGACAUCAAACAGCCUAAUAAAGACUGGACAAUUCCCGACUGGCUACCGCGACAUUACCUGACGCAGUCUCCCGAAGAAUACAAAGCAGGACAGUCUGACUAA